AUGUUGCUGCUGCUGCCUCCAGUUUUUCAGGCCCAGACGGUGAUUGUGGAUGACAGUGUGUCGGGAUUUAUUGGAUCCAAUGUGACUUUGAGCUGCACCUUCACAAACAACAAUCCCAACAUCAAAAUCACUCAAGUCACAUGGCAAAAGGCAACCAAUGGGUCGAAGCAAAAUAUUGCUAUUUUUCAUCCAACUAUGGGGGUCUCUGUCUUGCCUCCCCACAAAGGCAGGGUGUCUUUUAAGAAGCCAUCACUAGACGAUGCAACAAUCCAGUUGUUCAACUUAGAGCUGUCAGAUGAAGGUGUCUACAUCUGUGAGUUUGCAACCUUUCCGACGGGAAAUCGAGAGAGCCAGGUUAAUCUCACAGUUUUUGCCAGGCCAGUGAAUGAUGCAGAGCUCAGUCCAAACACAAUCACAGCACGAGCUGGUUUUUCAGGAAAGAUUGUUGUGGCAACGUGUACAUCCGCCAAUGGGAAGCCACCAGGAAUCAUCACUUGGGAGACGAAAGUAAAUGGGGAGGCAGUUGUUAAAGAAUUUCACAACCAGAAUGGCACCAUCACAGUGGUCAGCCAGUACCUGCUGGUUCCAUCCAGAGAAGCUCACCAGCAACUGCUGACAUGUAUCGUGAAUUACCAGGCAGACCGCACCACCAGCAUGCUGACUUUAAACGUGCACUAUGAACCCGAGGUUACAGUGGAAGGAUUUGAUGGGAAUUGGUAUUUGAACAGAGAAGAUGUGCGUUUGACAUGCAGAGCAGAUGGCAACCCACCUGCAACAACGUACAAGUGGAAGAUGUUAAAUGGCUCGUUGCCUGUAAAUGUGGAGCCACAGAAUGCGACUCUGUUCUUCAAAAGGACUGUGACCUAUGACCUCGCUGGGACAUAUGUCUGUGAAGCUACAAACGCAAUUGGUACCCGGUCGGGUCUGGUUGAGGUCAACAUUACAGAUAAGCCUCUACCCCAGGGAGCACCGGGUAGUGUGAUCGGAAUUCUGGGAGGCGUCAUCGCUGCUGUUAUUAUCAUCAGCGCCGUUGUAACCGUCUUCUUCAUUUACCGAUGGCAACAGAAGAACCGAGCAGAUACGGACAAUGAUCUGAUUGACCUUCCUCCAUCCCACAAACCGCCAGCUCCUGAAAAGAAGACGGAGAUGAAGAGUCAGUUGACGGCAGACGACAUUCAGGUGGUACAGCUGGACAGCACGAAGGAGGAAGAGGAUGCUGCGAAGACUCCAGUCCAGACCCAGUAUUAUGACCUGGCUGCUCCAGAACCAUCUCCCCACUCCGAGAAAUCGACCACUCCUGGUGCCAAGGACUAUGACAUCCAAUAUGCUGAGCUUGACACGGCUGCUCUGGCCUCUUCACACGCCAGCCCUCGGACUUCCAUUCACGCUGGUGGAGACCUUGUCGAGUAUGCAACUAUCCAGCCUAACUUACGCUAAAGCAUGCCUUUGCAGGCUUUUCCCUCAGACCUAUCACCUCCAGUACAAUGGGAACCGCUAUGAAGAAUUAUCAGAUGAGGAUGAAUACGUGAGUGGCCAGCGCGAUUACCAUGAUGACUAUUUGGAGCAACUCCACCCUAUUUAUAAUCAGUUAUCGUACAGACCGCCCGACAUUCCUCGCCACCCCAACUCCUCCCACAGAUACCCCCAGCCUGGGUCUCGGGCCCCUUAUAUUCUCCCGAAGGAACAGUAUGUCUAAAUGACCAGCAGUGACCAUCAGCACACUGUCCAGCAACUCCAAACCCCGCCUUCAGAGACAGUGGCCAGGGAAGCUGCUUAACCCUUUGUUAACCAACAGCAAUGGACGUUUUGUUUCACUCCCUGCGAUGAUACAUGGGGUGCACACACACAGGGCACAGACGGUUCGAAUGUGCUGGUUUGGAAAGGGUUAAUGCCCUGACUUGGAACAGGAAAGUUAAAGGGGAACACUGAGAAGGCGGAGCAGCCUGGACCCUGGUGAUAGUCAUAGAGUCAUAGAGAUAUACAGCACAGAAACAGACCCUUUGGUCCAACUCGUCCAUGCUGACCAGCUAUCCCAAGUGCUGUCGAACUGACCCGAUCAGGAAUUGUUAGCCGCUCAGAUACUGCUGCAUGCUCCAGGGUGGGGGAAUGAGGGAGGGGUGGGGUGGGUGGGGACAAUGUUGGAAGUUGUUAGUGGCGUUUGAUAUUGUUUUUGUGCAAGUGAUGGUGGGUAUACAAUGCUGCCGCUGCCGCUGUGUUUGAUGCACUGAAUCCAAGUCUUUAUCUCCAUUCAGGACCUUCUGCUUUGCAAGCCUGGUCUUUCGUUAUCAUUGCCCCUUGACCCCCCCGGCUGAUCAAUAACCAGCGAGACUCUCUGUCAAUCGUGAGCAGUGGAUCCCCAGUGUCCAAGACCAGCCUCUUCUCUCAUUGGCUGCUUAUCCCCAUGUUGCCAUGAUGGUUGGCCAAUGGCAGAGAGUGUUGCUUAUGUGUGUGACCAGUGCGAUGCCUCCUUUUGAAGGUAGAUCCUCCUCCAGGAUGGACCCUUCCGGACGUGCGGGUUCCUGAGACUUCAGACUGGGCUGGGAAAUUUGCAACCCAUAGCCUAGACCCCCCCUCCUCUUUACCCAACCAUACAGUACCUUUCAAAUUCAGACAGUCUGUGCACAAAGGAGGGCUGGGAGUCGGAGGGUUUAACACCCUACAGAUUGGGUAGAAAUUGACCCUCUAACAGUUGUAAGAGUUCAGUCAAAAACUGAAACCUACAACUUUAUUCAGAAAGCAAAUCAAUAAAAAUGACGCGUCACUAUCAUUCAUCUUGGAACUGUCUGAAGGAUGGGACAGAUGUGGGUGCUGGGGACUGGGGACUGGGGACUGGGUGAGGUGUUGUCUAAAGGUCAAAAGGCAGAAAGGAAUCAAGGAAAUGAGAAACCUAGGAGUAGUAACAGCCCCUUAUAUAACCUGGGACAUUUUUUAAUCACAGAGGUUGCAUAGAACCUGUCAGUUACAAGCUCCCCGAGGAUAACAGAACAAAUACUUUUUCAGUUUCACUUGCUCCUGUUGUGAAGCCUCGGGUUGCAGCUCCCGAAAUCUAAUGUCUGGCCAGAGCAUUGAACACAUUGCCACUGAAGCUAAAUGCAAUUCUGCCCUCAGCCAUCAACUCAGCUAGGAUUUGCUGGUUAGUGAGCAGGAGUCCUGACUAAUGUCCCCUUCCUCCUUCACGCAGGGACUCAGGCUAACUUCAGGGCCGUGACUAUUGGCCUCAGGUGAGGAGGAGGAGGCAGUGGCCUAGUCAUAUUCUCACUGGGCUGUUAAUCCAGAGACCAGGUAAUGCUCUGGGGAC